UUCAUUAAGGAAAGUCACAUAUGCAGUGUGCAAACAAAGUGCUAAAUUAAUAAAUAGAACAUUUGGAUACAAAAUAAGUGCCUACAAAAAUUAAAAAAUAUUUAAUAAAUAUGUUAAGAUCUUGCCAAAUUACUAGAGAAGUUUCCAAAGAACGCAUGACACUUCCCAUGAGACAAUAUGCUACAGAGGGUAAAAAUAUACCGUUGAAGAAAAACUGGAGUACUUCGUUGUGUACAUUGCCCAAGGGCUUCGAUGAAGCUCUUGUUGAUAUUCUUAAUUAUGAAGUUCGUCCAGACGAUGUUUUUGUAGUGACUUUUAUUAAAUGUGGGACUACUUGGAUGCAAGAAACCGCCUGGCUGCUAAUGAAUAACUUGGAUUAUGAGAAAACCAAACAAGUACCUCAAAUGAAUCGAUCGCCGUUUUUAGAUUUUCAUGGCAUUCUUCCUGGGGCUCCCAAUGGUUUGGAAUUCAGUAAAACUAUGCCAAGUCCAAGACUGCUGAAAACUCAUAUGCCAGCCAAUUUAUUGCCUCUUCAAAUAUGGGAACGUCAACCAAAGAUCAUCUAUGUGGCCCGCAAUUGUAAAGAUGUCAUAGUCUCCUCUUAUCAUUUCGUGAAAAAUCUCGGCCUUUGGGGUGGCGAAAAUAUUGAGGACUUUGCCCACGAUUUUAUGAAUAAUGAAAUUCUUUAUACCAGCUAUUGGGAUCAUGUGGUGGACUUUUGGAAAAUGCACAAUGAGCCUUACAUAUUCUUUACCACCUAUGAGCAGAUGCAAAGAGAUUUAGGAGGGGUGAUACAAAAAUUAUGCAGCUUUCUAGAAAGGCCACAGCUCAGUCCAGAACAGUUGGAGGAGACGCUCAAGCAUUUAACAUUUGAGAGUAUGAAAAGCAAUGAUCAAACCAACCUAACUGAUACCUUGAAAGAAACUGUACCAGGGGCCAAAGAAGAAUUUCAAUUUAUGAGACGUGGCAUCGUGGGCUCCCACAAGGAUGAAAUGACUCCUGAACUUUGUAUUGAAAUCGAAAAUUGGUCGAAAGUACAAUUAGCCCAACAUGAUCUAACCGAGAAGGAUAUUUUUGGGGAACUUUGA